AUGUUGCGACCAAUGCUCCUUCUCAACACCAGCUCCCACAUGCCAUCCUUCUUCUUCCUGAUUGGAAUCCCCGGGCUGGAGGAUCUUAGCAUUUUGAUGUCGAUUUCCUUCUGCCUCCUCUAUAUCUUGGCUGUCCUUGGAAACUCCUCAAUGUCCUAUAUAAUCUGCACUGAGAAGACCCUCCAUGGACCCAUGUACUUCUUUCUGGCUAUGCUGGCGCUCAACGACCUAGCCUUUACCAGCUCUACUGUUCCAAAGAUGCUGAAAAUCUUCUGGUGGAACAAAGGCCGCAUUGAUGCUUCUGCUUGUCUCACCCAGAUGUUUUUUGUCCACUUCCUGGCAGUGAUGGAGUCAGGAAUCUUGACUGCCAUGGCGUAUGACCGCUACAUCGCCAUCUGUUCCCCACUCAGAUACACGUCCAUUCUCACUUUUGCUGUUUUGGAAAAAAUUGCAGCUGCCAUUCUGGUCAGAGCCUUUGUCACCAUUUUUCCCAUUCCAGUACUGGUCAGUAGGUUGCACUAUUGCGGUGGAUAUGUUGUGUUGCACUCAUACUGUGAUCACAUGGCCGUGGUGAAUGUGGCUUGUUGAGAUACGAGGGUGAACAGUAUUUACGGCCUUGUGUUGUCUCUUUCUGUCACUGGCUUUGAUCUGUUGUUUAUUGGACUUUCUUAUACAAUGAUCUUAGGGGCCAUAUUUAGGUUGCCGUCCAGGGCGGCUCGCCACAAGGCGAUUGGAACAUGCACCUCCCACAUUUGUGUCAUUAUAGCCGCCUAUCUGCCUGGAAUAUUUACCUUUGUGUCUUAUAGGUUUGGACAGAAGACAAUUCCGCAUAAUGUCCACAUCUUCCUAGCAAACAUCUACAUUUUGUUCCCAGCAUUCUUAAACCCAAUAAUCUAUGGUGUGAAGACGAAGCAAAAUCGAGACUGUAUCCUGAAGAAGCUUCAGGUCAACCAGAAGCUUCUAUAG